AUGCUCAGGAAUAUCCCACCUUCAGCGCGAUCGCCCAUCAUUCGCAUCGCCAAUGGUACCUUCUAUCGGCACCAUCCGAAUUCGCAGUCGUCACAUGCGAAUCCGGCCCUGUUCAAAGACCUCCAGUUUGAGCUGCCCUCAUCAACGCCACAGCCGCACAACUGGUGCAUCGUGGGGCCUUCGCUGUCCGGAAAGACGACACUCCUGCAGGCACUGAGGGGAAGAUUGCUAUGUGAGCCGCCCACGGCGAGGUCGUAUCCGUAUUUGUCCUCGGAUGCCGUAUCGUCCAGGCUGAGGACGCCCAGCAAGGCGAUUCAGUAUGUUGGAUUUGACGCCGAGCAGGGGGCGGGAGGGUUGAGCGGUGCGGUGACGACAUCUGCGUAUCUUUCUGCACGAUACGAGUCCCGUAGAGAGAUUACUGAUUUCUCGUUGAGAGAUUUCCUGCUGGGCAAUACGGAGCUGAAUCCUGCCAAGACACCGGCCCAGGAGAGCGAGCAGGAAGGUGGAAUAUCGGCCGAGCUGUUGAAGCGUGUUGUCAAAGAUCUCAGGCUGGAGCAUUUACUUGAUCUGCCCGUGACAUUUCUCAGCAACGGACAAGGUAGGAGGGCAAGAAUAGCCCGCGCGUUGCUCACGAGGCCUGAAGUUUUGCUUUUGGAUGAGCCUUUCAUGGGGCUUGAUCCUCCGACGGUAACGGGACUUAGUCCCUUGCUGGAGUCUCUUGCAAACAAGGCAAACCCGCGCCUGGUGUUGAGUGCGAGGCCGCAGGAUCCUCUGCCAGAAUGGAUCACGCAUCUGGUGUACUUGAGGAUGGAUUGCCAAGUCGAGUCCAUGGGGCCAAAGGAGAUGGUCCUGGAUGGCUUGAAAAAGUACGUUCACGGCGUGAGAGUGGGUGGGCUGGCAGAGGAUGAGAAACUGCCCGUUCACACCUUGGCUGAUAUCGGACGAGUCCUGUCGAAAGAAUCAUUGAUGACACACGCCGCGUCAUCGUCAUCCUCCCAUUUACAGAAACCCGUCAAUCCCAAUGCCGAACCUCUUGUUGAGAUGGAUGGAUGUCAGGUCCGUUAUGGCGACAAAAUUGCUCUUGGGAACUGGUCGCAGGUGACGCCUCAAGGUGACAAAGCAGGCUUGAUUUGGACCGUUCGACGAGGCGAGCGCUGGGGUGUGUUUGGUCCCAACGGCUCAGGCAAGACGACAAUUGUCUCUCUUCUCGGAUCGGAUCAUCCACAGACUUACUCUUUGCCCAUCAGGCUCUUUGGGCGCAGCCGUCUCCCCGAGCCAGGUUCUGGACAGCUACCGCUCACGUUUUGGGAUAUCCAGUCUCGCAUCGGCCACUCUAGCCCAGAAGUCCACCAGCACAUGCCGAGGAGCCACACAAUCAGACAAGUGGUUGAGAAUGCCUGGGCAGAGACGUUUGGAGCGAAACCAAAGCUGGACGCCGAAGCAAGCGCGAAAGUCGAGGCUGCGCUCAAGUGGUUCGAGCCAGAGCUGAAGCCGAACAGCGCCGCUGGCAGCAAGGGCCUGGCGUGGGCCGACGACUACAUGUUUGGCGAGAUUUCGUUUAGCGCACAGCGCGUGGCGCUGUUUGUGCGGUCCAUGAUCAAGGGGCCCGACAUUGUUGUCUUGGACGAGUCGUUUAGCGGCAUGGACGACGCUGUCCGGGAUAAGUGCACUCUGUUCCUCACCGACGGAGAAUCAAAGACGUAUGUAGGCGAGGAGAUUGUCGAGAGCCAGCAGGCCAAGGAGGGCGCCGUCAAAGUGAAGGGUCUGUCAGAUCAACAGGCGCUCAUCUGCAUUGCGCACAUCAAGGAGGAAGUGCCGGACUGUGUGAGGGAGUGGGUUUGCUUGCCAGAGGCGAAUACGGAGCAGCCUGCAAGAUUUGGAAGACUGGAUGGCCCUCUGAGAGAGGAAGAAGGAAGAUGGAACGAGAUUUGGGGCUUUUAA